AAAAAUGACAAAAUCUCAAAAAAACAGAACAUUUAUGGAAUAAACAACGGGUAUUCACUGUGAACUAAACCACUCUCCUUACUGCGACACUUUGUAUGAAGAGUUAAAUAAGAGAUUAUUGGGAAAUAACAAAGGGGUGUGAAAAACGACUGGUCAAAUGAGAAACAUGAGAUAAUGGAGAAGCGAGACGUUAUAAAAGGAGACUGCGAGACACACAGAGAACUAAACCAUCACAGACAUCUACAAAUCCAGCCAGUGAAGAGAGACUGUGUGAAGAUGUGGUGGAAAACCAGUGUGACUUUACUCCUGCUGAUGUGUGUCAGAGCUGAUUCACUUUCUAAUUUGCAAGUUUGUGGACGUCCAAACCCGCAGUUAAACCCUCGUAUCGUGGGUGGUUUAAAUUCAACUGAGGGCGCAUGGCCAUGGAUGGUCAGUCUGCGCUACUAUGGAAACCAUAUUUGUGGCGGCUCCCUCAUCAACAAUGAAUGGGUGCUGACCGCGGCUCACUGCGUCAACUUAACUAGGUCCAACAUGCUUGUAUACUUGGGAAAGUGGAGACGUUAUGCAGCUGAUGUCAAUGAAAUCACCAGAACUGUCAGCAACAUCAUUCCACAUCCUUCCUACAAUAGCACAACUUAUGAUAAUGACAUUGCUCUGCUGCAGCUGUCAUCUACAGUCCACUAUUCUGACUACAUUAAACCCGUUUGUUUAGCAGAUGAGCAAAGCAACUUCCCUCCUGGCACCAGGAGCUGGGCCACAGGCUGGGGGCGUAUCGGAGUUUCAGGCAAAGGUGGUAUAAGAGGCAGAACCACAGUGUCUGUGCCUUUACCUCCUCCUGGGAUUCUGCAAGAGGUUAAGCUUAAAGUGUACAGUAAUGCAGACUGUAAUAGUAUUUGUCAUGGACGAAUCAACCCCAACAUGAUUUGUGCUGGUACACGAAGUGGAGGCAAAGCAACCUUUUCUGGGGACUCUGGUGGUCCACUGGUGAGUAAGCAGUGUUCAGUGUGGGUUCAGGCUGGUGUUGUCAGUCAUGGGUAUGGAUGCGCACAGCCUAAUCUUCCUGAGGUGUUCAUCCGUGUCUCAGAGUAUAAACAAUGGAUUACAGCCGCUGUUGGUGGAAACCUGCCUGGAUUUGUCCACUUUGACCCAACAUGUUUACUUCCUAACAAUUGCGUUAAACUCAGAAAUUGCUUUGGGUAAUUAAAACUGCUGCAGUGAUUUCAUACUCUGGUUAAUGUUCUGAGUGUGGAGGAUUCUCAUCAAUACACACCUGCCUAUCACAUGAUGAAGCCUCUUCCUGUCUGCGAUCUACUGGCCAAUGUUGAUCUGAAAACUAUUUUAAAAAAUACAACACUGUUAAAUUUUCUGUUCGUGCAUGAUAUUGGUUAUAAUAAUGAGAUUACAACAUGUGUUUGAAACAUGACAAAGAGUGCUUGAUUGUUUGGCAGAAUGUGCAGAAGUUUGUGAGAAUAAAAAUAGGUUAGAACUGCA